GAGGGAAUUAGCUUCUGAGGCCGAGAAGGGAGGGGAUUCGGCCUCGGGCGGGUGGGGGGCGUGACAUGUCUCUCGAAGAUCCAUUUUUUGUAGUCCGAGGGUGAGUGACAGCGAUGCGGGAGGACACGGGGUAUUGUGUCCCCUUGCCAACCAGUGCCCGCGUGCCAGCCGGUGCAUGUCAGGCAUUCUGGGCACCGUCCUCGGGAUCGCCCCGUGGCCAUGUGGGAGGGGUCCGCAGGGGGAUAUAAGGGUCUCCUGAGCUCCCAACCUGUUUGGGGGCGUAAAGGUGGGAGGAAGGACCGCCUGCUCCCCGCCCCCGCCAGCCGCGCCCGCUGUGCCCCUGCCCGCAGUGAGGUGCAGAAGGCGGUGAACACAGCCCGCGGGCUGUACCAACGGUGGUGCGAGCUCCUGCAGGAGAGCGCGGUGGUCGGACGCGAGGAGCUGGACUGGACGACCAACGAGCUGCGGAAUGGCCUGCGCAGCAUCGAGUGGGACCUCGAAGACCUGGAGGAAACCAUUGGCAUAGUGGAAGCCAACCCCGGCAAGUUCAAGCUUCCAGCCGGAGACCUGCAGGAGAGAAAGGUGUUUGUGCAAAGGAUGCGGGAAUCAGUGCAGGAAAUGAAGGACCAUAUGGUCAGUCCCGCAGCCGUAGCCUUCAUGGAGAGGAAUAACAGGGAGAUGCUGACAGGCAAGCCGGCCACCCUGAAGUCCUCCAGUGACUUGCUGGACGCCAGUGUGGUCUCGACCACCUCUCGCUACAUUGAAGAGCAGCAGGCCACACAGCAGCUGAUCCUGGACCAGCAGGAUCAACAGCUGGAAAUGGUGUCUGGGAGCAUCUCAGUUCUGAAACACAUGUCUGGCCGAGUUGGGGAGGAGCUGGACGAGCAGGGCAUUAUGCUGGACGCCUUUGCUCAGGAGAUGGACCACACCCAGUCCCGGAUGGAUGGGGUCCUUAGGAAGAUGGCCAAAAUAUCCCACAUGACCAGUGGGCUGAGCACGUGACCCAGAACCACCAUUUGUUGAAUGACUGAAUGACCACUCAAGAAACCCUGAAACUGCAUGAGAACAUAACAGUCACCAGGGCAAUGCAAAUCCAAACCACCGUGAGACACCAUUUCACACCCACCAGGCUGGCUAGAGAAUCCAAGGACAGAGGAGCCUGGUGGGCUACAGUCCACGGGGUUGCAAAGACUCGGUCACAACUGAGCAACUAACACACACGCUGGCUAGCAUAAAAAAGAUAAACACUCUCAGGGAAGAUGAGAAAUGACUCGGGACCCUCCUACAUUGCUGCUGGGAAUGUGAAGUCGUGCAGUUGCUGUAGAAAACCGCUCUUCAAAUGGUUAAAGCUGAAGUUACCAGAUGACACAGUGAUCCCACCUCUGGGAAGUAUACUUGAGAAGUGAAAACAUAACAUCCACCAGCGGUUAAGGCUGUGAAUAUUUGUUGUUGUUUAGUCACUCAGUCACGUCUGACUCUUUUGCUUCCCCAUGGACUGCAGCCUACCAGGCUCCUUUAUCCAGGGGGUUUCCCAGGCAAGAACACUGGAGUGGGUUGCCAUUUCCUCCUCCAGGGGAUCUUCCUGACCCAGGGAUCAAACCCACAUCUCCUGCAUUGGCAGGUGGGUUCUUCACUGCUAAGUAAAGAGCAUGGGAAGUCCCAUGUGAAUGCUUAGAGCAGCACUGUUCACAACAGGGAAAAGGUGGAGCCAAUAACCUCAAAGGCAAAUAGAUAAACAAAAUGUGAUCCACCCACAGUGGAACACUGCUCAGUCAUAAAAAGGAGCAAACAACCGAUACACGCUACAACUAGGAUACCCCAAAAUAUGCUAAAUGCAGGAAGCCAGACGAGAAGACCACGCGUUAUACGUAUUUCAUACACCACAACUACGAAAUGUCCAGAAUGGGCAAAUCCAUAGGGACAGAAAGCAGAGUUGUGGUUGCCUGGGGCUGGGCAGUGGGUGAGGGUAGGGGCUGAGGACUGGGGAAGCGUAAGCAAACAGGAACGGGGUUUCUUGUUGUCCUCGCGAGAAACGUCCAGUGAUUGUGGUGACAUAUGCUCAACUAUGAACGUACCGAAAAGCUCGAACCAGCACACUUUAAAAGCGGGUCAACUGCCUGGUAUGUGCAUCUGACGCUGUUAGAUGAACAGAGAAAUUUUAAGACUAAUGUCCCCUGUGCAGAACUGAGGAUGAGACUUGCCAUGUACAGUCUUUAUUUUGUUGUUUAGUCGCUAAGUCGUGUCCAGCUUUAUGUGACUGUAGCCCGCCAGACUCCUCUGUCCAUGGGAAUUCUCCAGGCAAGAAUACUGGAGUGGGCACAGUCCUUUCUAAAUUUUGAACCUGGUGUAUGUACUGUCUACUUACCAAAGUGAAUAUUUAAAAAUAAAGUGUAUGAAAUCACA